GAAAUAAGUCAACUUGGCUUCCUGUCUAAUUUCUCCAAGAUUAGAAGUCUGCAAAGUUCAGAAUCCUCAGAACUUGACCUGCCCUAACAGUGUCUGAGCCACCAUGGGAACCCGAGGUGACAUGUAUCCAUUGGGACUCUGCAUUGCCCUGUACCUGUCGGGCACAGUGGCCCAGAAUAAUGGCACACAAGGUACCACUGAGGACUGCAUCAAAUAUAUGCUCUGCCCAUCAAACGCCAAGUGUGUGAACAACACCCACUGCACCUGCCUGCAUGGGUACCGGUCAGGAAAGGAUCGCUUCUUCACCGACCCAAUGGAGACCUGUGACGAUAUUAAUGAGUGUCUGGGGCCGAGCCUGGCAGACUGUGGACCCAACACAAACUGCAACAACACGGCUGGGACUUACUUCUGCACCUGCAUCAAUGGCUACGAGCCCAGCUCUGGGAAAGGCCAAUUCAUGAAUGCGAGUGAGAACACCUGCCAGGAUAUUGAUGAGUGUCGAGGCUCGAGCCCGGCAGACUGUGGACCCCACGCAAACUGCACCAACUUGCCUGGGAGUUACUCCUGCAGCUGCAUCCAUGGCUACGAGACCAGGUCUGGGAAAGACAAGUUCACGCACGCGAGGGAGAACACCUGCCAAGAUAUUGACGAGUGUCUGGGGCUCACUGGAGUAAACUGCGGACCCCACGCAAACUGCACCAACGUGCCUGGGAGUUACUCCUGCACCUGCAUCCAUGGCUACGAGCCCAGCUCUGGGAAAGCCAAGUUCAUGCACGCGACUGGGGACACCUGCCAGGACAUUGACGAGUGCCAGCAAAACGCCACAGUCUGUGAGCCCCAUGGGAACUGCAUCAACAUGCCAGGGAGUUACAGGUGUAAAUGCAGUUGGGGAUUUGGGAAAAGUCAAAAGGAUGCGUCUAAGAUCUGCACAGACAUCGACGAGUGCCACAAGAUCCCAAAUAUCUGCGGCCCCAACGCCACGUGUAUCAACACCAAUGGGAGCUACCGGUGUGAGUGCCGGGCCGGCUACGUCCCCUCCAACAGGAACACGACUCUGUGCCAAGAACUCCAAGUCCCCAGCAUUAACUCCAGUGCUGAGUUUGAGGGAAUCAAAGAGACAUGCAGGAAUUUCUCUCUGCAGGUAAAGCGGAGCAGCGGAAACAGCAGUUUUUGCUCUUUCUUUAAUUCGACCUUAGAGAUUCUGAUCUCCACGUGUGGAGACGGGAGUGCGACGUUAUCACUGGAGGCCACGACUCGCUCUUUCAACUCCCUCCUGAACAGCACCUCCCUCUGGGAUGGCAGAGACAAGCAGGAGGUGGGGUCGGCCGUGACGGUCCUGCUGCAGAGCUUGGAACUCGCUGCACUGGCCACUGCGCUCCGGUCCCCGGAGAGGACAACACAGAACGUGACGACAGAGUCUCUGGCUAUCCAGACACGGCUCGUCACUGGGGACUGCAGCCGGGACAGCGACGUCUUCACGCUGAGAGCUCACAAGGACACGAUGGAAGUGCACUGUGAUACAGUCAUCGGGGCAGCCACACAAGCAGGUUUGGGGGCUGCUGCUUUUAUUUCCUACUCCACCCUGGACUCCAUCAUCAGUGCGAGACAUCUCAGCAAGGGAAAUCUACGGGCUGGUGGGAAGCUGGAGAAGAGUCAUCUCAAUUCCAGGGUGGUGAGUGGGGCCGUUGGAGACGGGAGACCCAUUAACCUCUCCAGACCCACAAACUUCACCCUGCGCCACAGACAGGCCAAAAAACAGGAGGAAGAGGCUCUCUGCGUCUACUGGAAAGUAGUGGCCGAGAGCAGCAGCUGGUCUCCGGAGGGCUGCACCACCGGGCACACGAACAGCACUCACACCACCUGCCGCUGUGACCAUCUCUCCAGCUUCGCCGUCCUAAUGGCUCCCACCACAGUGACGGUAUCUCCCCGUGAGGCUUGGAUCACAGGGCUGGACCCUAAGCUCCGCACUCAGCCAUUGGCAAAGCUCUCCCCAGAGGCUUUGCUGGGGGAAAGGCUGAGUCGGAACCGAGGGGGCUGGGCUGGGGUCACUGGUGAUUCUCCCUUUGCUGUGUUACAGGAGAGUGACCCACUGACCAUCAUCACCUACGUGGGACUGACCCUCUCUCUGCUGUGCCUCUUCCUCGCCAUCCUCACCUUCCUCCUGUGUCACUCCAUCCGCAACGUCAGCACCUCCCUCCACCUGCAGCUCUGCCUCUGCCUCUUCCUGGCCGACCUGCUCUUCCUCACCGUUGAGACCCGCACCGGCAGUCGGGUACGGCCUGAUUCUCCCCUGCUCUGCUCCUCCACUCGCAGCAGGGCUGGGGUGGCAUGUGCUGUCAUUGCUGGCCUCCUACACUACCUCUUCCUGGCCUGCUUCUCCUGGAUGUUCCUGGAGGGGUUACACCUCUUCCUCACCGUCCAGAACCUGAAGGUCGUGAAUUACACCAGCGCCAGCCGGUUCAAGAAGAGAUUCAUGUACCCGUUCGGCUAUGGAUUCCCAGCCCUGGUGGUGGCUAUUUCUGCAGCGGUGAAUCACAAAGGCUAUGGAACUUCCAAACACUGCUGGCUCAGCCUGGACAGAGGCUUUCAUUGGAACUUCCUGGGUCCAGUCUGUGCCAUAAUCCUGAUAAAUAUAAUGUUCUUUGCCCUUACCCUGUGGAUCCUGAGAAACAGACUCUCCUCCCUCAAUGCAGAUGUGUCCACUCUCAGAGACCACAGGUUACUGACCUUUAAAGCCAUUGCCCAGCUUUUCAUUCUGGGCUGCACAUGGAGCCUUGGUCUCCUCCAGGUAGGACCAGCAGCCACGGUCAUGGCGUAUUUAUUCACCAUCGUCAACAGCCUGCAGGGAGCCUUCAUCUUCCUGGUGCACUGUCUCCUCAAUCGGCAGGUGAGAGAGGAGUACAGGAGAUGGAUCAAGGGAUUCCGAACUUCCAGAACGAAAUCUCAGACAUCCAAUCUAUCCAUGUCUGCUGUCCCCACCACCAGCACCAAGACGGAGUAACCCUUCUGCCAGGUGGAGGCGGCAGCAACCAGGGCCAGGUUCAAUACCUAGCAGUUCCAAUACAAAACAGAACCAGCUGGAGCCCCCUGAGAUGUUGCACUCCAUACGCUUUAUGGAAAUAUGCUUAUGAAUAUGACAUAACUGGAAUAUGCUUUACGCUAAAUACCCCCUUGUAGGGUGUCUUUAGAAAGCUUGUAAUCUACUAAGUGUGUUCAUCCUAUUUGUUUGCAUGUUUUAUUUCUAUAUCUGGAGUUAGGAGAAUAAGAUACAAACUUGUAUCACGGAUGAAGUGGAGGCCAUUAAGGGUGCUCCAGAAACAAUCAGUCGUAAAUGGCCUUAGUUACUUGAAAGCCUUCCUGCGUACGUGUGGGCCAGCCCACAGGGAAUGGAGACUAGGGGUCUUACAGUGACAUGUAAUGGAAUCCAUCUUAAACCUGGUACAUUUCCAUUUAGAAGGAGGGGUGGGGACCCAGUGAGACAAAAGAUUCCUGCCUUGUGCCAAAGCUAUAAAGGGGGUAGAGCAGGACAAAGGGGGUUCCAGUCAUGAGAAAAUCCCAGGUUACCACCUGAGAUGGCUGCUGAAUCGAACAAAGACUGUACCAGGGGAAAGGACUGGGCCCAGACUAGGAAGGAUUCUAGUCUGUGAAAGAAGCUAAUUGGAACAUCUUUGAGGGUGAGUUAUUACCUGUAAUCAAAAACAACGAGGAGUUUGGUGGCACCUUAAAGACAAACAGAUUUAUUUGGCAUAAGCUUUCUUGGGUAAAAAACCCACUUCUUCAGAUGCAAGUGGGUUUUUUACCCUUGAAAGCUUAUGCCCAAAUAAAUCUGUCAGCCUUUUAGGUUUUCACCAGACUCCUCGUUGGUUUUGUGGAUACAGACUAACACAACUCACCCCCUCAUACUUGAUAGCUGUAAUCAGUUUCUUAAUGUCCUAUGCUUAGACUUGCGUGUUUUGUUUUAUUUUGCUUUGUGACUUACUUUGUUCUGGCUGUUAUUACUUGAAACCACUUAAAUCCUACUCUUUAUACUUAAUAAAAUCACUUCUGAAUAUUA